AUGCAUCAAAUCUGGUGGAAUGGCCCGCGUUGGCUGACGCGACCCGUCGAGGAGUGGCCCGCGACUCCCUUGGACACCAGAGCCGAGCCGCCGGAGGAGCGCCGAGUUGUGCACAUCGCGGUCCAGACGGAGGAGGAGGACUUCCUCACCCGGUUCUCCACUUACGGUCGAGCAUUGCGUAGCGUGGCGUACGUGCUACGCUUCCUGCGCAAAUUCCGACCAGUCACCAGGGCUCUCGCGGCCUCGGAGCUCCGAGCCGCGAGAGACACCCUGCUGCGCGUCGCGCAGCAGAAGCACUUUCCAGUCGAGCUGUCUCGGCUAAGGAGAGGUGCCGUUAUCAAUCAACGCAGCCCACUGACGCCGCUGCAGCCGCACCUCGACGAGGAUGGGUUGCUGCGCGUCGGUGGUCGGCUGCGACAUUCACGUCAGUUGCAGGAGGAGAACCAUCCAGUUAUACUGCCGAGAUUCGAUCGCCUUACAGAACUCUUGGUGAGAAACGCGCAUCUGAGGGUUUACCACGGCGGGGUUCAGAUGACCUUGGCAAACCUGCGGAGGAACUUCUGGAUACCGGCGGGUCGCAGCCUGGUCCGUGGCAUUCUUCAUCGCUGUGUUACGUGCGUGCGGCAUAGGGCCGCCCCGUUCCAGCCUCUCAUGGCGCCCUUGCCGGCGACCAGGGUGACGCCGGCUCCCCCGUUCUCCACGUGCGGGGUCGACUAUGCUGGUCCUAUCGGCGUGCGGACGACCAAGGGGCGAGGACACCGCAGUUGCAAGGGGUACAUCGCGGUUUUCGUGUGCUUUGUGACCCGCGCGAUGCACCUAGAGCUGGUGAGCGACUAUUCGACCUCGGCCUUCCUUGCGGCGUUCCAUCGCUUCGCCGCCAGACGCGGCGUACCGGCCGUCGUAUACAGUGAUCAGGGCACGACAUUCGUUGGAGCCGAUCGGGAGCUGCGGACGGCCCUCAAGGCCGCUGGUGCAGAAGGAGGCCCCAUCGCGAAAGCACUGGCGAACGACGGCACGGAAUGGCGAUUUCAACCGCCGGCGACGCCCCACUUUGGCGGGAUCUGGGAAGCCGGGGUCAAAUUGGUCAAACCUCCGCCGAGUCGUCGGAAAACACACCCUAACAUUCGAGGAGCUUGGCACCUUCUUGGCACGAGUCGAGGCGUGUCUCAAUUCGAGGCCUCUACACGCCAUAUCGGACGAUCCGGACGACCUCAGCGCGUUGACUCCGGGACAUUUCCUGAUCGGCAGGCCGCUGGUCAGCGUUCCGGAACCGAGCCUGGAGGGUGUCAACAAGGGACGACUCUCCAGAUGGCAGUUUCUCCAGCAGUUGACCGAGCACCUGUGGUCUCGUUGGUCGCGAGACUACCUACAUACCCUCCAGGCGAGGGGAAAAUGGACCAAGGAGACCGAGGCUCCCCGAGUCGGCGAGCUCGUCGUCGUCCGGGACGAGCGACUCCCACCGUCGCGCUGGAUGAUGGCGCGGAUUUUAGCGCUACACCCCGGACCAGACGGUCGCGUGAGAGUUGCACAGGUCCGCACCGCGGAUUCCACCCUCACGAGGCCUCUGGUCAAAUUGGUGAGGCUACCCACCGAGGACGACAAGGGGAAGACACCUUGAGUUCAGCGGACCAGUGGCCACUUCUUCCGUCGAGGACGACGGAGGCGGGCGGAAUGUUCGGAGUCCGUCCGAACUGUUAUUCGGCAUGA